GAUGGCCCAGGUUAAGUCACCCGUGGAUGGUGUCAAGAGUCAGCAGCAGCGUGCAGAGAUGUACUCUGAUAUUACCAUCGUCAGCUCCAGCGCAGAUGUGGGCAGCCCAGCCAGAAAAGGCCCAUUUGACAGUAUGGCCCUAGGGCUCAGCAGGCGUGGGAGAGCCUACCCAUCCCCAGCACGCAGGCGCCAUCGCACCACCUUCAGUCACAAGCAGCUGGACCAGCUGGAGAUGGCGUUUGGACAGAACCACUACCCUGACAUCUACUGCCGUGAGGAACUAGCGAGGCUCACCAAACUCAAUGAGGCACGCAUACAGGUAUGGUUCCAAAAUCGCCGCGCCAAAUACCGCAGGCAGGAGCGUGCGUCUCAGAAGCUCUUGCCAAUGGCCAUGAUGCCAGGGCACGGGGCACUGUUGGGCAGCAUGUGUGUUCAGUCCACAGGGUUGACCCGUCAGUACUACCCUCACUCCCUGGCUCACCAUAUCACCCGGUUCCCCUCUAUGCUGCCCUCAGGUGGUUACUCCCACUCCCACCACCCAGGCUCAGCCAGCCAGUGUUCCUGCCCCACAGUCCCACCAGAGCCACAACCCCCCCGCCAGCACGAGGAGUGGUACAGCCCGCUACGGAACAUUGGAGCCCCACCAAGCAACCUGGCCACACCUGUGUUCUCCCUGACCUCCAUGCCUGCUCUAGACCCUGGCUCUCACUGGAACUAAAGAAAGAGUAACUUCUACGUCAGGAGGUAGACAAGCUCUUAUAGGCUGUGUCUCAAAGAACUAACAGUUAUUCAUUGCACCUUAGAUUAGAUUACAAAAUACAGUUUUUUGUAUCUAUGCAGUGAUAGCUAGUAACUAAAGAACAGGAAGAAUUUAGAGAAUAGUGAGAAUGACUUAACUCCUUCUCCCAUUGAAUACCUGAAAUUGCAUGUGUUCUGUGACUAGCAGAUUAAAGUUCAGGGUAGCCUAACUGAGAGAAAGACAUUUGUGGGUAAUUUUGAAUUAUCCAUAUAGAUUGUCUGAAAUAUAUACUAUACAUCUUUCUCCUAACAAUGCCUUUUGUAUUUUCACUGUAAAUAAAGUAGUGUGUUUCGGGA